GAAAAUCUUUUGCUUAAUAUAUGAUACCGCUGGUUAUUCUGGUCAAUUGCAAAAAAGCUGUUUGAUGCACAUUACAGGACUCUUGUGACAAACAACCUGCGAAGUCAUCAAUCAAAGGUAUUGACACUUCACUUCAUCUGGGAAUGGAAUCAAUUUCAGCAUUUCCACAUGUCUCCAAUAAAACAUCAUUAUUAAGAUUGGAAGAAUGGAAUGGUUCAUCUCCCACAAAGCUCUCUAAGACUUUCACCAUCAAGGCUUCUUCUUCCUCUUUCUCCAUUCAAAGAUCUGGUGCCCGCUUUACCCAUCUUUGGACACGAUUUCUUCAAGCAUUUGUACCUGAGGGGUUUCCAAGUAGUGUUACUCCGGAUUAUGUUCCUUUUCAAAUAUGGGAUUUGUUGCAGGGUCUUUCAACUUAUAUAAGGACCAUGCUUUCUACACAGGCUCUCUUGAGUGCUAUUGGAGUUGGUGAGAAAUCAGCUACGGUCAUAGGUGCCACUUUUCAGUGGUUUUUGCGAGAUCUAACUGGCAUGCUUGGAGGAAUCUUGUUCACAUUCUAUCAGGGAUCAAACCUUGAUAGCAAUGCAAAAAUGUGGCGAUUGGUUGCAGAUCUCAUGAAUGAUCUUGGUAUGCUAAUGGACCUCAUUUCACCAUUGUUUCCAUCAGCUUUUGUUUUUAUUGUUUGCUUAGGAAGCAUAUCAAGAUCUUUCACUGGGGUUGCAAGUGGAGCCACUAGAGCAGCUUUGACUCAGCAUUUUGCUCUUCAGGAUAAUGCUGCAGAUAUAUCAGCUAAGGAAGGAAGUCAAGAAACUGUGGCCACGAUGAUUGGUAUGGCACUUGGAAUGCUUGUUGCUCGUAUUACCAUUGGACACCCACUAGCAAUUUGGUUUUCUUUUUUGUCUCUGACCCUAUUUCAUAUGUAUGCAAACUAUCGAGCUGUUCGAUGCUUGGCAUUGAACUCAUUAAACCCUGAAAGGAGCUCUAUUCUUUUACAGCAUUUCUCGGAGACUGGCCAAGUUCUCUCUCCUAAACAGGUCUCUUCACAGGAGCAUGUUUUACCCAAUAAACUCACUUCAUGGAUCUCAAAGAAAGCCAAUUCCUUGGAUACAAAAGUACGUUUAGGCACAAGGAUUUCUUCAUUUGAUGAAAUGGAAAUUAAGGAGCAUUUGCUUUCUGUAGCAUCUUACUACACAAAAGCCAAGUACUUACUAGUGGAAAAGAAAGGAAUCGUUGAUGUUAUUGUUCAUAAAGAUUCAAAUAGUGCCGAUGUCCUAAAGUCAUUUAUUCAUGCUCUUGUUCUCGCAAAUAACGAUUAUAAAAGCAAGUAUUUGCAUUCAGAAAGCCAAAUAUGGAUGGAAAAACAGUAUGAAGUAUUUAUUCAGAAGCUCAAGUCAUUAGGGUGGAAAACAGAACGUCUUCUAUCAUCACCUAUCAUAUGGAGAGCAAACUGGAUACAUGAAUCGUCGGAAGAAAAAAUUGAUUAGGGUUCAUCUUCAGCUGUGAUAUAUUGACAUUGGUCCAGAGGUGGCUAGUGGAAGCUAUGGAUGGAUUGAGUUAUAUGGUUGACAAUGUUAACAUUUAAUAUUUUACAAGAUAUUGAUGAUUUUAUUGAAGUUCUGUCAAGAUAAAGAAAACUUGAAGUUUUGUUUAGUUGUGUGGAAUGCAGUAAAUGUUUUGUAGCUUAUAUAGAUAUCAUAUCUAGUCUGAAA